AUGGUUGUGCUGGGGUUCUUGCAGAUAGCCUGUGCUGCAGUGUGUCUCAUCAGUGGAUUAAUGGAUGGCACCUUCAGAACAGAAUCAGCACUGAGUAAAACCAGAGCACCCGUCUGGGCUGGAAUGGUCAUGGGUGUUCCUGGAAUUCUGGCUUUAUUUUCUUCCCAGAAAAAAAAUCCAGUUCUUGUGAAUGCAAUGAUAGUAGCUUCUAUAUUUUCUUGUUUUGCCACCAUCAUUGUAGUUGUCUAUGCUUCCUUAACUUUAAGCUAUGGUGAAGAAGAUGAGAUGUUCACACAUGAGCCAGUUCAUGUUAUUCAUACGAAGUUUGUGCUUGAUAAACUCGUCAAAGGAGCCAACAUAGCAAUGUUAAUUGCAUCUACCUGCAGUGCUUUCAUUGUGCUAGUUAUUGCUUACAUGGGCUGCCGAAGUCUUCCACGUUGUUCAUGUUAUGACAAUGUUACUGGAAUGGAAUGGUUACAACCUGCUGAGGAUCCGCAGCAGACUGUGGAACUGGUUUGCACUAUGCAAAGUCAUGGGAACAGAAUCUUUAAUUCCCCAGUGCAGUUUCCAGAUCAAGACUUAGAUGCAGAGGAAGAACUAUCCAAACCACCUCCCUACAUCAGACUUGCUUGA